AUGGAGUUGUCCUCUCAGAGGCAAUGCAAUAUCGCUAUAAUUAGUUGUGCAGUCUCUAUCUGCAAGUCAGUCGGGAUCGUUGCCGAGCCAUAUGCCGUGCCUCUUUGCCUACAAUGGGCGGGAGACACCGAGGGCUUGGUGGCGAUCGUGGUGAGGCCUGAAGCCGGACCCCCCCUCGUCGUCAAGGCGAGGGGCCACGGGUAUGUGGCGGCGGUUCGGGGAGAGGUGGCUUUCGUCGGAGUCUAUUUCUCCCCGAACCGUGACCUGGCGGCUCUGGAACGGUUUCUCGACGUUCUGGGGCCGCUGGUGGGGCAGCUAGCUCCACUUCAUGUGUUCGUAGCCGGCGACCUCAACGCCAAGUCCACGGCUUGGGGUAACCCAGUUACGAACCCAAAAGGGAGGGAGGUGGAGGAGUGGGCUUUUGCUGCCGGACUGUCCCUGCUCAAUGUUGGGGCAGUCCAGACGUGCGUGCGUUGGUCGGGAGGUUCCGUGGUUGACGUCACGUUCGCCACGCCGGCCAUCGCACGCAGAGUGGAGGGGUGGAGGGUGGAGACGGAGGUGGAGACUCUCUCGGACCAUCGAUAUAUAAGGUUCGAGGUGUCUCCAGCUCCCGUACGUCCGGCGUUGUUGUCGUCAUCAACGUCGUCCAGUGGGCGUAGUCAGUUUCCGCGUUGGGCACUCUCCAAGCUCAACCGGAAACUGGCUGAGGAGGCCGCAAUCAUCGGCCGCUGGAGUCUUCCGCCGCUUAUGAAGUUUGGGGUGGAUGAGGCGGCUAACCGGCUCUGCGACGCAUUUACUGCUGUCUGCAGAGCGGCCAUGCCACUCGCGAAGCGUCCACCCUCGCGGCGGGCGCUCUACUGGUGGUCGGCUGAUAUAGCCGGUCUCCGGGCCGCCUGCAACGGGGCCAGGAGGCAAUAUACUCGGAGCAGGCGGAGACGCCCCCAGGACGUGGACAGGGACGACAGGCUGCGCAGGAUCUACGUGGAGAAAAGGAAGAUCCUGCAGCAGGCCAUAUGCCGAGCCAAGGAAGAGGCCUGGCUGGAGCUAGUUGGGGGUCUGGAGAGAGACCCCUGGGGCCGACCGUAUAAUUGGGCGCGAAACAAGCUCCGCGCCUAUUCGGCCUCCAUCAGCGAAACGCUCCAGCCGGAGCAACUCGGGAGGAUCGUCGGGGAACUCUUUCCCGACAAACCCGAGGGCUUCGUGCCCCCCAGGAUGGCUCGGCAGACGCCGGACGAGGAGGAAGGUGUUCCCCCACCCGUCACAGAGGCUGAAAUGGAGGCGGCGUUGUCCCGCCUUCAGAGUAAGAAGAGGGCGCCGGGUCCAGACGGGGUGCACGGGAGAUGGCUAAUGAUAGGCAGUUAUUGGAAUGGCUUGGAUGUGUCUGACAAUGAGCAAGAUGUUGCUAGUUCUAGUUCGGAAGAAAAAUUAGUAAACGGCAAUGCUGUGAAUAGUUCCCAUGAUUCUAGUAGUAAAAUUGAAGAGGUCGCAGAUAGUCAACUUAUAUCAUCUGAAUCAUAG